AUGCAGACGACACUGGGGCGGGAAGCGCCAACGAGCAAGGCCGGUGGCUGUGUCCCUCACCCGCACGCCAAUAAUGCACCGGGGAUCUUCUGCUCCAAUGCGUAUGGGGGUUCUGAAACGGGGUGGUUUCAAAUGACCGAGGAAGGGGAACUCGAUAGGUGGGAUGAGGAGGAGGGAGAAAAGAGGAGGAGAGUGGAUGAAAUG